AAUCGUGAAUACGUUGUUACAUCGAUGCCUACCGAACCUUUACUGGCAGAAGCUAGUGCUCGAAUAAUGAAUGAUCCGUUUAUCAGCCCCACAGAACUUAUUAAUCAGCUCUCUUCAGCCCUUAAAAAAGGUGUAGUAGAGGCCGAUGACAGUAAAAAAGAUCUCAAUGACACAAAUGCUAGCGAAAAUUAUUUUCGUUUCGUGACUAUUGAAGAUUUUUUAAGAUCAUUACUCGCAGACAAAGUUUAUGAGAAAAUAGAGAACCAUUGA